GACGAGUAACACUUUAGUUUUCUUGUUUUGUUUAUUUAAUUUGCAAUUGGGUCCACAUCAAAACUUUUAUAAGGAUGGUAAAACAUAUGAUUAGGAGGAACUAGAGGAUGACUUACUUUGCCUCAUUACAAAAGAGAAUCCUGGGAAAUUACCUGGGUUAUAAGAGCUUUGGUGGCACUGAAAGCCGAGCUAACUGGAAAUCAGGGAAGCAGUGAUAAAGAAGUCUGUUAAUAUUGGGUAGCUCCAGGAGGUCUGUUUUUUGCACAGGUGCAAACAGCCUCUUGGAAACUGUGGGGAAUUAGAUCCCAUGACCUCAAUGGAAGGGCUGAUUAUUGUAUUUAAGACACACAACAUAAUUUGAAAAUGUCCGAGGAAGAAGAUUCUUUUUUAAAUGUCAGAAGAUCUAUGAACAAAACAGCAGUGAAACAUAGUACUCCAGUGGACUCGGUGUUCUCCCAAAGUAUGUUAUCUCUGGAUCUAACAAAUGAAUCUUUCAAAGAACAGGACACAAGCAAGAAAAUCUAUGGGUCUCCAAUGGCAAAACCAUUCCAAGAACAGCAAAUGCACCUUGAAACACGCAUCUCUCAAGUUAUAUUUCCAAGAAGGCUCUCCACAGUAUUGGACUCAGAGGAAUCGAAGGAAGAGAUGAGCCACAGCUCUCGGAUUAUAUUUCCUAGAAGAAGGCUUUCAACAGUAUUGGCUUCAGAAGAAUCAAAUGAAGGGCCAAGUUAUGAGGUGAUCCUUCCCACUUCAGUAAAGGAAGAAGCUGAAGUCCCUGCUGAACCGCCCAAAAAGAAAGUGAGAGUAACUUCAAAACAUUCACAUACAGAGCUGGUUACUGGAAUACCAGGAAUAAAAGAUCCAACACUAAGAAGAAGAAGAAAAAAGAAAUUUGAAAAAGAACUUGUGAAAGAAAUACAAAACUCCUGGGAGUUACGUCAACUUAAAAACAUUGAAGAAGCAACUAGACAUAACCUGACAAUUGAAGAAGUUUGAUCUCAUACACUGUGGAGUGAAUAGUGUCACAUGCUAUACAACUGGAAAAAAAAUGGUUGUAUUAAAAUACAGAUAUGGUU